ACCAUCCGCGUCCAGAACUUUAUCGUCACGCUUGAUAUCCCAUUCAGCAUGAAGCCGUCUAUCGUUCUCCUCUUAAGUCUCGCCCAAGGGACUCUGUCUUUCCCCUGGCUCCAUGCCGACUUUUCAGACAAUGCCAAGCGCGGUCUUGAAGUCGUGAAGAGGGAUCCCGAGCUGGUCACCCUACUCCAAUCACUUUACAAGGAUCAGUUGCAGGAGCGAGAUGAAUUCUUUGCAGCCAUGGCCAGCUACACCGAAGAAAGUGAAGAUGAUUCCGCCUCGACCCUGGAGAAGCGGACCACAACAAACUGCUUGCCUCACACCCUUCCUGACUUCUUGCCUUCGAACAUCACUGGUCUGAAGAAGUUNCCUGAAGCAGCAUAUCCUUACCAGGAUCCCAGGUCAUCUGACCAAAGAGGACCAUGUCCAGGAAUGAACACUCUUGCAAACCACGGAUACAUCAAUCGCAAUGGUAUCACUACUGUGGCUCAGACUGUCGUCGCAGCAGCGCGAGUCUUCAACAUGGGAGCAUACUCUAUCGGNGGUGCAGACUCUCGCACCAAUUCGCUUGGCAGUCUAGGUGGUGCUCUAGGUUCUGAGACUGGACUUUCUGGUCAUCUACGGUUCAAGGAAGGUGAUGCAUCGGGAACACGCUGUGACUUCUACCUUUGCAACGGCGACAACCACAACCUGAAUGGCAGUAUCUUCCUCGAUAUGCAAGACAAGGCCAAGACUGUCGGUGGCGGUCAGUACAAUGUGAAAGCCUUGGUGGCCCACUCGGCUGCUCAGUACAACAACUCCCGCAGCAAGAACCCAAACUUCUACUUCUUCCCGCCUUCCGCUGCACUGACUAUCGGCGCGACAUACUUCCACGCCGGCUUCUUCUCCAACGGCACCAUCGGAUUUGGUGGUGUAGCCAACGAAGCAUCUAUUGCCUCUUUCGACGGUGCUUACUUUAAUGCUAACGGCACUGUUUCAUACCAGCCCGAGCAGAUCCCUCCUCAAGGAUGGUACAGAAGAGGUUUCCCCAUGUUCUUGUCUGAAGGUGUCGAUGGUAUUAUCACCUUCUAUACUGGAAUCGCGGAGAUUCUUGGACAGCCAUUGCUUUUCGGUGCAAACACUGGAACGCCUGGCGACUUCAAUGGUCAGGAGAGUCUUUCAUCCUUUGGUGGUAAUGGCAACUAUGGUGGAACCACUGUCAACGGCACCAUCUGCGCACUCGAAGAGACACUUUAUGCCAACUUCGUCAACGAGUUCAGCAACAUCCUGUCAACUGCCGUUGGUGCUCUGAACACCGUCACUUCAAUCUUCGGACACUAUGGAUGCCCUGUUCCCAGUGGUGCUCCUGCAGCUGAAGCAGACACCACAUUCCCUGGAUACCCCAAGCCAAGUCCUUGCACAUUGAAUAGGAUGGAAAAUGGCGUUGAUCAGUGCUCACCAGACACCAACACCUACGAUAGAUUCAACUCGAAGAGUGUGCCGUUCUGUCUGAACUCACCGGCGAAGGCCCCAGCAAGCUCAAACCCCUUGCCCGCGCCCGGCAUGGUCUAG